AUGUGGGGCGCGGUCAUCAACAGUAGCCCUCUCAAAGAGACACCAACCGUUCUUCACGCUCUCCGCCUGCCCAUUCCCCAUCAUCGCAGAAUAUUUCUAUUGGUACUCUUCAACUUUUUUUUUGUGCCGGCUCAGAGAGGCAGUCGGAUACCCCAUUCUCCCAUGUGGGGCGCGGUCAUCAACGGUCGUGCUCUAAAAGAGACACCAACCGUUCUUCACGCUCUCCGCCUGCCGCUUCCCAAUCAUCGCAGAAAUGAUCCCGUGAAGUAUGAUUUCGACGAUAAUGGGAAAGGGCGAGGUAUCUAUCGGGGCCGGGAGCUAGAAAGCGAUCGAUUACGCCCGCGCACAGAGAACGCACCGAGGACUGAUGGGGCAAGAGAGAAAUGCCGCAUUUGUGGGAAGAGUCCUGCGUCAAAAAACUAUGGAUCGAUUGCUUGUGCUAGUUGCAAAGUUUUCUUCAUUCGAGUCACGACUUCGGGAGCUUUAACGCAAAAAUGUGCUUUUAAUGGGCAAUGUUUGCUUGAUUAUGCAAUAAUUGGAAAAAAGAAGUGUAUGUCGUGUCGUUUUGCGAAAUGUUUGGCGGUGGGAAUGGAGCCAGAAAGUACGGCUCGGCGAAAAGAAUUGACAUGUUUCGAGCGCUCAAAGGAAACCUAUCAGUAUCACAUCCAUUGUGGAGUGAAUAUCGUGAUUCCUUGUAUGAAAAAGACUCAAAUGGAAGAUGAGGAGUUCACUCUCAUCAGAAAUAUCGUCAUUUUUAGCUCUUCUCUCGGCUUUAAAGAGAAAAGCUCGGAAAUCAUUCGAAAGGCAUACAAAAAGUAUUCGAAUAUGUUGCUUGUGCAUCUAAAAUCAAAAUAUCAUGACGAAAAGAUUGUGAUCUCAAAGUUCAACGAUCUAAUGACCAUUCCUGGAUGCAUGCAGAAUUUGGGGAUCAUCAACUCUGUGAUAAUCCUUCCUUCGUACUUUUCGGUGAUCUACUCUUGGAUUCUACUUUUGAUGACUCCAGUCUAUCUGAAUGCAAUCAAAGCCACGUUUGGAAAGAAAGUGGAUGAAGGAAAAGUAUCAGAGACAGAUCAU